AUGCUGGUAGUCUUAAUACAUGAGGGUGCUAUUAUGGACGAAAAGAUAAAGAUAGGUGGGAAGCUAAGUAAAAUGGUAAAGAUCAAUAAAAUUGAAUUACAGGGAAUACUUGGAGUAAAUACUGAAAAAGACAAUAAAAAUGAAGUCAUUUAUACUUUGACUCUGAAAGAAGUGAAGAGCCAGUUAAAUGAGGAGGGAUUUUCUGUUAAAAAGGUUGGGAAAUUGAACUUACUUAGAGUGAACUAAACUAAGAACAAGACUUUAGUAACUCAUGAACUAUUCAAGUCUCACUAAUAUGUGAUCCAAGAUAUUUCCAGUUGCUUACCAGUGAUAUACCUUGAGGCCUACUUGAAAUCCAAAUACAGAGAAGGCAAGAUUAAAGACAUGCAGGCUAUUGACUCAACUUCUUCCCCAGGGAAUAAAUCUCUCUAGCUGAGCUAGCUUAAUAGUUUUGAGCUUGAUCAAAGACGCUUUGGAGUUCUGGAUCGAAGAGUGAAGGAAUGCAAGGCUGAGAACAUUCACUGCAUCAACAUGGACUUCCUGGAAAGUAAUCCAGAAACCUAUGAGGACGUGAGUGUGAUCUUAUGUGAUCCAUCCUGCUCAGGAAGUGGGAUGAAGCUUCAUGCCAAAGAUGAAUAAGAGUGCACAUUAGGUCUAGAGACACCAGAGGAAACUAAGCUGAGAGCCAAAAACCUGAGUAAAUUCUAAUUCAAGAUAGUUUCGCAUGCCCUUUAAUUCCCCUCAGCUCAGCAUGUAGUAUACUCAACCUGUUCUAUCUACCAAGAGGAAAACGAAUGGGUAGUAAAUGAUCUGCUGAAAAUGCAUGGCAAAAAUUGGAAAACAGUCGACUUGAAGGACUUAGACAUUGGAAUAUCGAGGAGAUACUUGAAAGGCUUUCACUUUAAUGAAGGCAAGAGCGGUAACUCACUCAGAAUAUGUUCUACCUCUCAAAAUGGGCGUAAGAGGCUGCUGCAGAAGGGAAGCAUGAUAAUCCAGGACAGCCCAAAGAACCACAUCAUUCUAAACUUCCCUGAACAACCUUUAAGACAAUAUAGAGCUACUUCAGCUUACAGUGUGGAUAGUCCUAACAAAACUCACAGAGUUCAGUACUCGUCAUUUUAAAAGAUGAAGCUAGAGGAUCUAUAGUGUGAAUUCAAAACCAACAAUGACUAGCUCAUUCAUGAAAUCGGAGGGUCCAGCAAUAAAGCCAACCCCUGGCAGUUUCUAGCCAAGUAGAUCAUCCGUCCAGAUGUCGGCACUUAGAAGAUUGAUGGCUAUAUCCAGCAGAUUAAAGACAUCAAACAUCAAAUUAAGGUAGAAAACUUUGGCAUUAGAUCAAAAAGGAAAAAGAAAAAUGCAAAUAUUCGGUUUUUUACACCCAUCCAGUCUAGCAGCCCUCCAAGAGUGGACAAUUCUAAACCCAAGUUGUUUCAAAUCCGUUCAAACUCAAAGCGCAAACUACAGAAGAGGAGCACAGCUAAUAUAAGCACGACAGAAAUUACUCAGCCUGGAUCACCCUCAGAUAGAUUAAAUAGACCUUUAAGACUAGAAAGGGAUGAAAAAGGGGGAUUCGAUUAGAGUUCAAUACAUUGCUACCAGACAGAGAGAUUUCAAUUGUCAACACCUAUGAAAAAACCAAAGAGAAAGGAAUUAGAUGAGGUGUUUGAAAACCAGACUCAUCUGCUGGUCAAAAAUAGGGAAAGACUUUCAGCUUUGAAAACUGGACUUAAGGAGAUUGAAAACCGUUAUGAGAAUAACUAAAAAAUACUCCACCACGCUAAAAUAAGUUAUUCCAGGUUUAAUAAAAGAAGGAUUAGCGACCCAUCUAGUACUAUCUAAAAUGAGAUAAGUGGAUACGAUAAGUAUUACUAAGAGCUGACUCCAUCUAUGAGGAAGUCCAAGAAAAUCCUCUUUGCCAUAAAUCGUUCAAAGAAUCAUCACAACCAUUAAAGCCAUCAGAAUUUCGGUUAGCUAAACUAGCAGAAGCAGUCAUUUGAUCAUCCUGACAAUCAUUUAAAGAUCCCUCCCUAAUCAGCACCAAUUGAGAAGCAUAAGUAUCAUCCUUCUACAAGAGACUAAACAAAGUCCUCGAACGCCUCAAUGAAUAUGCAGAUAUCAAGAACGCCCAAUUAGAGUUCUAAACAAUUCAAGCUUCCAUAUAAGUUUGAUCAGUCUGAGAUAAGCCAAUUCGAUAGUCCCAUGAGAAAUCUACGUAUACCGCACCAGACUUAAGCAGGGCAUUUGGCUAAAAUGGUUGAGAGACUUAAAAAUGCAAAAUUGAAGAGAAAGUAGGUGGAAGGUAGCUGGGUACACCUGAAUAAAUUAGACAUAUACCAAAUAAAGCUUUAACAUUGGAAAGAUAACUUAUUUAGAAACUCUGAAAAUGAGGGGAUUAUUGAUCUUGGGAUACUUGGCUUAAGAGGUGCUUAUCAUAAUAAAAGCGCACUGGAUAAUACCUAAAAUUUUGACAUAAAUUCUACUUUUGGACUGGCAUCUCCUUUAUCUGAUGAUAAAAUAGAUCUGUUUGAAGCCCUUGAGAUCUCGCAACCUAAGAUCAAUUGA